AUGGAGGUGGAGGAGGAGGAAAGACACUCUCCACACGAUCAUGUGGAUCGGUGUGUUCCCGAGAGCUUCUUUGAUCGCGUAACGCAAGGGUUACGCGACGAUCUCGAGCAUGAGCGGAAUAGGCGUCUCCAGAUGGUGGACACUGCCUCGAAGCAUCGAGCUGAGUUUGCCUUUGCUCAGCUUGAGAACGAGAGAUCUCUGACAUCUCUUCGUGACGAGCUAAGGGUAGCUCGUGGGAUUGUUGAUCGGUCUCGGGCUGAGAUAACUGCUCUUCAGACCCUUGUUGAUGCCCACCAUCGGGAGCACAAGGCUCUCUGCGAGAUGCUUGAGCGCAAGGGCGUUCUUCAUCGGAAGAAGCAGCGUACUGAUGGUACGGCUUAA